AUGAGUCCAAAGCACAAUUUUAUUGGUGAAAAUGCAGCUAUGUAUCAGCAGUUGGGUGAGAAAGGGAGCGAGAUGGAGAACGAAGAACACAGGAAGAAGAAGUGGGACGAGUUGCAGAGUUUCCCAGAAGACAAAAGGAAGCCAGGUGUUGAAUCUCAAGGAAAGAAGGUCUCUGUCCAAGGCGCUUUGCUGGUAGCGUUGGAUUCUGUGUUAUUUGCCUCGUCAGGGGAUCCUCGGGAGGUUGCUCAGCCUGGUGAUUCUCAGUCAAAUUCUGUUUCUAUAUCGGAUCCGAUCAGUUCUUCAAAGGUUCAAUGCCCUACGGAUGCUAGCAUUUUUUAUGUCAGUCCGCCUCCAAUCUACAAGAUUGCUUCGGGUAUUGGUGAGAAGUCUCUUUUUAUCCCAGCUAGAAACCUUGUUGCCUCGAAGCAGCUGCUUAUUCAUUCCUCCCCCCUAAAUUCUUCUCAUAACAUGUAUGGUGCCUUGGAGUCUCAUGAGACGCCCACUAUCCCUUCUGUAGAAGUGGCUACACCCCUUGUCAAGAGUAAGCCUACGAUUCCUUCAUCUUCUUCAAACAAGAACAAGAAGAAGCAAAAGAGCGCUUGUGGAAAUGCAUGCUGAGGAAAUAAAUAAGAACCAAGUUUUGUCCUCCA